AUGACCACAAAUACAACAACAACUACUAAUACUACAACUACAACAACAACUACGAAUACUAAUACUGCAACAACAACGACGACAAGCACAAGUACUGAUACCAAGACAACCAUUAAUGAUGUAGAGACAGUGUCUAACAAAACAAAUACUCUGACAAACAACAACAAUGCUCUGACACAAAUAAAUCAAAAUAAUAAAUUACAGACUGAGGAACCGCUAAAGGACUUGAAAAACUCUAAAGAUAAUAAAAUUCUUGAGAGUGUUUUGCAAAUGGACUCAAAUAAUGAGUCCUCAAUGGGUGUUGAGGAUAAAAACCAAAGUUUUUUUAAAAUAAAUAGCAGCAUUACGGAUAAUUGUAAAGAUAAUAAUAAUUUAGUUAGUUUAGUGUUAGAUUUAGAUAAGUUAUCAAAUAAUAAUAUAAAUAUAAAUUGUAGUAAUUUAGAGACAGCAGAAGAUAAUAAGGAAUUAAUAAAUCUUAAUAAAGAAACGGAAUUAUUAACAGCAUCUAGUGUAACUUUAAAUGAUUUAACAGCUAAUAAAGUUAGUUUAGAGGAUUGCAGCAAUAAUUUGCCAAAUAAGGAAGAUUGUUUUAAUUUAACGUCCAGUGCAGAGCCAAAUAGCUCUCAUGAUUUCCUACAAUCUCUAGAUGGCCAGCAGUUGCAAAUCUCUGUGGUGGAGUCGUUUUUAGACUCGGAAAGCUAUAAGUUGCUGCAAAAGCUGCCCAUUAAUAAUCCUUUCUAUAGAUUUCACAAACAAUCAAAUUCGUUUCGUGAAAUGCGUACGAAAAAAACGUCCUUUAAUUUUUUAACAAACAUACGAAAAUUUAAGUCUGAUACGGAUUUAUGUCAAACGCCUGAUAUGACAGCAGCUGCAACCCAUGCAAACACAAACACAACAAAUACAAAUAGUUUUUAUUUUAAAAAUAAUAUUGUAGUUGUAGCCAAUCAAUGUAAAAAGAAUAAUAGUAAUAAUACCACAACUAUAACUAGAAAUCAAAAAUUAGAUAUUAAAUUUACACGCCAACAAUUCAAUAAACUACAAAAUAAUCCUCAACAAAUGGCCCAACCCAUUGCGGGCUCCUCCAUGAUGCUGAUAAAACCCACCAAUGAUUUCAACAACAGCACCGUCAUCACCAAUCCCUUUUCCAUAUUCCACGACGAUGAGUCGCAUUUGACUUUAACAGUGGAUAAACGUUUGCGUUGUGCCAGCUCGGCCAGCCGUAGAUUGGUUAGGAAACCCACGGGCACAAAUUCCUCCUCCACCUCCUCGGCUGGCUCGGUGUCGUUGCAACAGUCCAAGCCGUUUUGCAGCCAACAGCAAUUGAAUAACUAUCAUUAUUUGUAUGGGGUUCCUAUAAAGAAAUUCGAAAGACAAGACUUUCCUCCUUUGGCAGAGGCAAGUUUACGUUCCAAGAAAGCAAAACUGCCCACCUCCAGCUCAUCGUCAAGUGUUUUUAAGCAAAUUUCUUUGAGAAAAGUUUCCAAAACAGCCUCGGCCUCUUCCACCAACAUACAUGUGCCUUUGUCAGGGCCACAGCUGAAAAGACUCAAGAUUUCGUAUCCCAAUCAUACGCAACCCUUAAACCCAACUGCCAGCCAAACUCACAGCAAAAACACUUACUUCUCCCGGCUGCAGGCUAAAACAAGGCAGGGCCUGCAAAAACUCAAAGACAAAUGCAAACAAUUUAAUACCGUAGGCUCUCAGCGUUCCCAUUUGGGGCGGCAUCAUACAUCUUCCAGUUUCAAAACCAUGUCCAAGGUGGAGAGUUUUCGUUUCAUAAGUGACAGGGAUAAUAUACGCAACUAUGAGACCCGUUGCAUGGCCGCCUAUCAUCAGGAUCACAAACAAAAGCCAGGCACUUUGUAUAAAACCUACAAAUCCGAAUUGGAUUUAUCCAAGAACCUCAACUAUCUAGAAGCUUAUCUAAAUCAAAAUUUUGAACAACAACAGUCGGCUCAAUCGGUGGGUCGAGCUCAGGGUCAAAAAAUACGUCGAGCUUUUCAUCAGAUAAGUGAAAGCUCCGGCAAGCAUAAGCGCACCAACUCCAAUUGCUCCUCCGUAGAGGAAACGCCCAAGAAAUUGAAUUUUAGUAAAAAUAAUUAUGAAAAUGUACAAACACUACCCUUUAGUAAAUCCGAUUCACUAAGUAGUUCGGAUUAUGCCUCAGUUUUCUCCGCCAAUUGUGGUGAGGAGUUAGUGACAAACCUGAAAAAUGAUAAGACUGAUUUAAGCUCCCCCCAUAAACUGCGCUACGAACAUCCCAAAAUGUCCGAAUUUGUAUGUGAUAGUAAGAAUCUGAAACUGAAACUAAACAAACCAGGAGAUAUGGACAAAGGUAUUCUCUUACAAAAACAGGAACUGGAAAAUCAUUUAGUGGAAGCCGAUGAGGAAGUAGAGGAUAAUGAGUUGGUUUUCAAGCAGGAACUACUGAGAAUAUGCCAAAAUAAAGCAACCCACUUCUAUGAGGAUGAGUUUCCUUUGGAUAUACCCGAGGAUGAGGAAGAUGAGCUGGCCUGCAAUAACAUUCGGAUCUUGAUAAAUAACUCCGAGGACUUUGAAAGGUCACCGGAGGAAGAUUGGUAUAUGCAGAGAUCUGAAAAUGAUAAUUUAUCCGAGGUGGCCUUCUAUCAAUCGCUCAAUGAUCAGCAGUUAUAUGAGGAGAGACAGCUAAACUAUGAUCCUUUUAUAGCCCACUUGCAUGCAGAUCUGUAUCCUUUUAAUUCAGAAACCGAGGAUGAAAAACAAUUGAUAUCCUCCUCUUCAUCACUGCAGCGCUCCCAGAGAUUAAGACUACAAAACGGCGGCAGAAAAUGCUCAGUUAAUGCAAAGUCUGUACAAAACAUAUCAAUCACAAACUAA